CAUGCACAGACGCAGCCGGGCGGCUAUGAAACGACUGAAGCGAAAGUAACCAGUUUUUUUUUUCUUUAUUUCUUUUUAACUUGAUUGAUUGUUGGGAAAGCUGCAGGUUUCAUGGCCUAGGGUACUGUAUGACGUAUUCCUACUGAUGCACUUGUCUUGGACAUAAUAGCCCGAAAACAAGAACGGAUCGUCGCAAUUUACUACAUUUUCUGCGAUUCCUUCGUUCUUUAUAUGGAAACAUAAGUGGACGGCGGUGGAUGCUGGAAGCCAGUGAAGCAGGUGGCAGACCGUCCUCAUCUUUCUGACCAAAGACCGCAUUCUUGCUGUGCGCUCUUCCCCUUGACCAGGUCUCUCCUUGCCCAUCAUGGAAGCCACCGGAAAGUACGACUUCAAUGCCACUGCGGAAGACGAGCUGAGUUUUCGAAAGGGAGACGUUUUGAAGAUCUUAGGCACCACCGAUGACUGGCAUAAGGCAGAGCUGCACGGGCAUGAAGGCUUUGUUCCCAAAAACUACAUUGACAGACACAUUCCCAGCUGGUUCCAGGAGAACGCCAGCAGAAAUUCAGCAGAGGACAUGCUGAUGUCCCGUGAGGUGGGAGCCUUCUUGAUCCGCGGCAGCCAGAGCUCUCCAGGGGACUUCUCCAUCUCUGUCAGGCACGAGUUCGACGUGCAACAUUUCAAAGUGAUGAAGGACAACAGGGGGCACUACUACCUGUGGACGGAGAAGUUCACCUCCCUCAACAAAAUGGUGGAGUACUACAAGACCACCUCCAUCUCCCGGCAGAAGCAGAUCCUUCUCCGCGACGGGGGCCGAGAAGACUCCCUGCCCCCGCCCCCACAGGGAAAGAGAGGGAGCCUCCCUGAAGAGAGGGGUCACCCCCAUGGGGGGUUUGGAGGUCCCCCUAAUCCUACAGCUUAUCGGAGGGCCUCUGACCUACCCCCCACUCCGCAGUACAAGAGAGGCAGUCUGGAGGAGAGAUCACACACCCUGGGGGCGAUGGGUAUGGGCUCUCUCUCCUCCUCCGCCCCAGUCCUCCGCCGGCCGUCCGACACCAUGCCACUCCCCCAGAGGACGGUCAUGCAGGUGAGGGCACUCUACGACUUCACCGCCGAAGAAGCAGACGAGCUGGGCUUCAGUGCUGGUGAGGUCAUUGAGGUUCUGGACCAAUCAGAUUCGUCGUGGUGGAAGGGCCGACUGCGUGGAAGAAUCGGCCUCUUCCCUGCCAACUACACCAUGCCCAUCUGACCCCUAUGAGAUGAUGCCAUUGGUCCCCUCCAAGCGGAGUGAAUCAGGGUAGUGUGCAGAGUGUUAGCGUGACUGAACAUGACUUACCACUAAUGGAACGAGGCAUAGAGAACGAAAACGACACUCACAAACUGUCCGAUUUCAAAUAUUGACAUGUGUUGUUAUCUAAACAGGAGAUGGGCUCUGAGCUGAAAGGAGCAGAUGUUAAAAUGCAUGAGAGAGUGGCUACUGGCUUUUUAAUGUGGUCUAAGGAAAUAUAAUGAAAGUUACACACUGUUGUGUAAAAAUCGAGUGAGAGAUCCUGUACAGGCAAGAGAGAAAGUUACCUCGGAGUCUUCACAAGGCAGCUUCACACGGCCUUCACAAGCUUUCGCUAGGCAGCACCCAGACUCCCUGAAAAAUGACAUUAAAUACAGCAUGAUAACAGCAGCAGUACCAUAAAGACAGUGCACUCCUAAUUUAUUACAAGUUUUCAUAAUCAUAAUCAUAACUUCCUUUGAUGACUUUACACUCAGAUGGCUUCACAUUGAUUCAGGGGCCGAUCCAGACUACCGCUGUGAGAGCCUGCUCGCUGUACAAAUGCCCCUUUCUCAAGUUUUGCACUCUAAAGAUAUGACGCACUCUUCCUCUGGGACCAAAUUUCAGGUCAUUCCACUAACGACCAAAUUGAGUUAAUUACGUGCCACUGUUCGUUGUAGUACUUGCACACAGAAUGUCCAUAUUCAGUGCAUAUGCUUGUACAUACUUCCCCAUUCAAUCCACAUUUGUUCUUCAAUUUGAUUUACAAAUAAUUUCAGGUCGUACUUUUAUUAAAUGCAGAUACACUUUAACCCCUAGUUGUUUUCAACAAACCACGUGCAUAAAGAAACAUUUGUGUUUCAUUGUGACCCAGUUAAAGACAGCUGUUUGUUUGUUGUAUGAAGUACAAGAGACAAAAAACAAAACUAAAAGCAUGUCCUGUUAUACGCCACAGCAAAGUAUUUCUAUAAAAGUCCAGAGACCAAAAGCUCAGAGUUAAUAUACUGUUUCGUAUAUUUUCACAUGUGCAUUCAUGGACUGUUGACAGCCUGGAUAAAGUGAUAAGUGACACUGGAAGAAAUUUAGCAUUGCAAUUGAGAUUUUUUUUUAAUGUAUCAUUCAGAAUGGUAAUACUGAAAUCCUUGUAUUAUUAUUGAUAUUAUUUUCUUAAUAAAAUACAUUACGGGUGAUA